GUCGUUUAAUCUCUGUGUGUAUGUUUAUUUGUAUGAUACACAGGUAAGGAAAUCGAAUGGACACAUCCGACUACAUUUCCCAGAAGUCUCCGCAGCGCCUCCUGUCGUAAAAAACAACCUGACGACAGUGCCGUAUUUAGAAACCUUCAAAACGAUUGGGGUGUUUUGUUUCUAGUCGUGGAGUUCUUAUGUUAAUGAAUGGUAGACUUUGAGGUUUUUGUUAGAUAUUCACGUAAUAAAACCGUCGCCUGGUCGUGUCUGUAUGUUUCUUUUCAUGGGAAGAGCUUGGAAGAGGGCGGCUGUACAUCGUUUCAAGCAGCAAGACCGUGUGGGCUGGUAAUAUGACCAGCCCGCGUUGCUGAAAACACUCGGGGGCGACUGAUUCGGCUUGACUUUGUGUGGUGUUUCUUUUACGAAAAACAACACCUCCCCUGGAGCACAAUGACACUUGCCCCGAAGGAGCUCUCCAAUCUCCUGGGGAUCAUCUCCGAGGAAGCCUGUACCAACUCCUUCGAGGGCCUCUCGUCCGCAUUCCACCACUACUUCGGCAAAGCCGACCACUUCCGAGUGGGCUCGGUGCUGGUGAUGCUGCUGCAGCAGCCGGACCUGCUGCCCAGCUCCCCGCAGCGCCUGACCGCCCUCUACCUGCUCUGGGAGAUGUACCGCACCGAGCCGCUGGCGGCCAACCCCUUCGCCGCCGUCUUCGCUCACCUGCUGAACCCGCCGCCGGUGGGAGACGAGCAGGAGAAGCCGCUCUCGGGAUUCCUCCCUCCUAUAACGUUGCCGGAGAAAUUCUUCCUCUCCCAGCUCAUGCUGGCGCCCCCGAAAGAGCUUUUCAAAAAGACGCCCCGGCAGGUGUCCUGCAUGGACGUAGGGAACAUGCCCCAGUCAGUGGAUAUUAGCGGCCUGCAGCUGGCUUUGGCAGAGCGACAGUCUGAACUCCCCACGCAAAGUAAGGCGAGUUUUCCCAGCAUUCUUAACGAUCCUGAUCCGGAUUCCUCUAAUUCUGGAUUUGACAGCUCAGUGGCCAAUCAGAUCACAGAGGCCCUGGUCAGCGGGCCACGCCCACCACUGGAAAGCCACUUUCGCCCCGAGUUCAUCCGGCCUCCCCCCCCUCUCCACGUGUGCGAGGACGAGCUGGCCUGGCUGAACCCCUCGGAGCCCGAUCACGGCGUGCAGUGGGACCGCUCCAUGUGCGUGAAGAACAGCACGGGAGUGGAGAUCAAACGCAUCAUGUCCAAGGCCUUCAAGAGCCCCCUGUCGUCACAGCAGCAGUCGCAGCUUCUUGGAGAGCUGGAGAAAGAUCCGAAGCUGGUGUAUCACAUCGGGUUGUCCCCGGCCAAGCUGCCUGAUCUGGUGGAGAACAAUCCUCUUGUUGCCAUCGAGAUGCUGCUGAAGCUGAUGCAGUCCAGUCAGAUCACUGAGUACUUUUCUGUGCUGGUCAACAUGGACAUGUCUCUCCACUCAAUGGAAGUAGUCAACAGGCUUACAACAGCAGUUGAUCUUCCCUCAGAGUUCAUUCAUUUGUACAUUUCAAACUGUAUUUCAACCUGUGAGCAGAUCAAAGACAAGUACAUGCAGAACCGCUUGGUGCGCCUCGUUUGUGUGUUUCUCCAGUCCCUCAUCCGCAACAAGAUCAUCAAUGUGCAGGACUUGUUUAUAGAGGUGCAGGCUUUCUGCAUCGAGUUCAGCCGCAUCAGAGAGGCAGCAGGCCUCUUCCGGCUGCUGAAGACACUUGACACGGGAGAGAACCCCACAGAUCCUAAACCUGGCAAAUGACCCUUGCCCAGAGCUACUGAAGGACACUGCGUUUCAAGCAGUACUAUAAAUCCUGUUGUCAUUUUUGUAUAAAAUGUUUACAGCUUGAAUUGACAGCUUGCCGGUUCUAAUUUCUUUGACGGUAUUAAAUGUGAUAAAAAUUAAAAGUACAAGGAGUAAAAUCCUUUAUGUUCAUAUA